AUGGUGGUCGAUCCCGCCUGCGCCGCGCCGGCCGUGCGGCUGUCCAGGAUCCUGCCGAUGAUGCCCGCCGUCUCGCCGGAGGCCGCCGCGGAGCGCGUCGUCCAGUUUGCGGCGGACGUCGGGCCGUCGCAGCUGGCGUGGGUGCCUUCGAGCGACGUCUUCACGGGCGACGCGGAAGCGGUGCGCUCCGUCGAGCGGCUCGCCUUCCUCGCCGGCGGGAGCCACGGCCGCUUCCUGCUCGCUUCCGGCGGCGGCCGGCUGCUGCUGCUCGAGCAGGACGAGGGGCUCGAGGGGCUGGGCGGGAUCGGAGGGCGCCCCCCCGAGUGGCAGGCGCUCGAGCUCCUCCCGGACGGCGCCCUCGGCGGACCCCUCCGCUCCCUCUGCGUCUCAUCGACCGAGGACGAGCUCUUCUUUGCUGCCGGAGGCGGGACGCCUCCCACAAGCCUCCCACAACGCAACCUGUACGUCUGCGUCGACGAGGGCGUGCGCGUCUUCGACGAGCAGGGCGAGGAGAGCCUCGUGAUCAGCACGCCCGCGCCCGCAACCGGCGUCUGCUUUGGCCGCUUCGGCGGCAGCUCCCUCUCCACCCUCUUCGUCGGCGCGGCAGACUCGAUCUGGGCGCUGCCGACGCAGGUGCAGGGCGCCGAGGCGUCGCGCUCGUUCCGCUUCCUCAAGCAGAUCGAGAAGCAGGUGCAGGCGCAGCGGCACGAAAACUGGUGA